AUGACUAGAACUCACGAAGUAAAGGAUUACGAAAAGGUUGAAAAGAUUUCAAUAUCUACAUAUUUAUGUAUGAGGUUAAAAGAAUUGGGAUGUGACCAUAUAUUUGGGGUCCCAGGUGACUUUUCAUUAUCAUUCCUAAAUAAUAUAUUAAAGAGUGAAGUCAAAUAUAUUAACACUUGCAAUGAGCUCAAUGCUGCCUAUGCAGCUGAUUCUUAUGCUAGAGUUAGAGGUAUUGGAGCUUUGUCAACUACCUUUGUUGUUGGGGAAUUGAGUGCAAUUAAUGGUAUAGCUGGAUCUUUUUCUGAAGAUGUUUCUGUUGUCCAUAUUGGCUCUGCUCCAGCUACAGUUCACCACAAGAAGAAGACUCUACUACAUCAUUCAUUAUAUGACUAUUCAAUAUCAAAAAGAAUGUAUGAUAUGAUUACUAUUGACUCGGUAAAAAUUGAUAAUAAAGAAUCUGCUGCUAGGGAUAUUGAUAGAGUUUUGAUAAACUGCAUCAAGCACAGUAAACCUGUAUAUAUACAACUAUGUGCAGACUACACUAACGAAUUAAUAGAUAAACCUACAGGUCCUCUGAAAAUUGAACAUAGAAAGAGUAAUGAAUCUAAUUUAGAUACUGUAAUGAAGCAAAUUAUUACCCUUCUUAAAAAGUCGCAACAGCCCGUUUUUAUACCGGGUUAUGAACUACUGAGAUUUAGAAAAACUGAACUAAUGAAGGAAUUACUUGAAGUAUCAAAAAUUCCUUUCGCUACUAUGAUCAUGGGAAAAACUGUCAUCAGUGAACAUCACCCACUCUAUAUUGGUUUAUAUUUUGGAAAGAAAGGUGACCCUCAUGUCAGUCAAUAUGUUGAGGAAAGUGAUUGCUUAAUGAUUAUUGGUGAGAAACUUAUGGAUUUUAAUACAGGAUUUUUCUCAGCAGCACUACCAGAGAAUCAUACCUUGCAUUGUAAUUUUGGUAAAGCUACUAUAGGUGAUUGUUCCUUAGAUGAAGUGUUUGUCGAAGAUAUAAUUGAAAGACUAAUACAAGCUUAUAAAUCGGGGGAGUUAAAACCUUAUAACUUUCAAAGUGCAACACCUCCUUAUCCUCAGGCUAUGCAUCGUUUUACACAUAGGCCUCAGAAGCGUUUAGCUCUAGAGCGUCAUCACACUCUUUCACUAGAUAGAAUGUUCGAUACUGUCGCUUCAAUUCUACCUGAGGGAGUUAAUUUAUUAGCAGAAACUGGGACAUCACUUUUCAGUGCAUCUGAAGUCAUGAUCCCUAAUAACUCACAAUUUUUUGGUCAGUCAUUUUUUGGUUCAAUAGGAUAUUCAGUUGGUGGUCUUUUAGGAUUAUGUCUUGCAAGUCCAAAGAGAACAUUUGCCUUUAUUGGAGAUGGAAGUUUACAGGUUACAGUUCAGGAUAUAUCAACUGUCCUUAGGAAUAAGCAUAACCCUGUUAUAGUUAUUAUAAAUAAUGAUGGGUAUACAAUUGAGCGAGUUAUUUGUGAUCACCCAUAUAAUGAUAUCGUAAUGUGGAGAUACUCAAAACUAGCAAAGUCAUUUGGUUUUAAAGAUAUCCCAUCUUUUAUUGCUAGAACAGAAGGAGAAUUUGAACAUGCUUUUACUUAUGCUUUGAAACAUCCAGAAACUACCUGUAUAAUUGAGGUAGUUGUAGAAAAGAUGGAUUGUAACCAUACCUUAAAGUGUCUAGGUAAGGAAAUGGCUAUUAACAGCAAUGUUUUGGAGGAAGAUCAACAGCCAUCACCAAAAAGGUUAAAAUCCGAAUCAUAA